UGUUUGCUGAUGUCAUUGUGACACAGGACGAGGUUGCAUGGAGGGAGGGAUUGAGAGAGAGAGAGAGAGAUAUGGAGAUGAAUACGGGAGGGGUAGGAACGAUAGUGUGCCUCCUCUGACAUCAUACAGGCUCUUAUAAACCGGGUGGAAUGGAGAAUGCCAUUCCUCACUUCACUUCUGAAUAAGACAAGAGAAGACACGGCGAAUAGGUUGGAGGAGAAUCCAAGAGGGAGCAUUGCGACUUGUGCAGGACGCUGUGUUUUCUCCCUCCAUCUCUGCAACUCUCAUACAACUUCUCUCGUUGUUAUUCUUCCAUCCAUUUUCAUAUUAUUUUGUGACCUUUAACCCUAUGGACUUAGGCCCAGCUUGAAUGUGUAGAAACUGUGGGACUACAAACAACAUGCAGAUGCAGCUGACCUCCUUUUUGCUCCUUUUUUUAUUGUGUAAUGGAUUAUGUUCAGAUAUAGACCAGGGAAAAAGAGCAAUAGAGGAUGAGGUUCUGAGAAGUCUCCUCACAUCAAAGGUAAAGGCGAGCAGGCACAUCGCCCCCCUGUGGCAGCUUCCUCUGCAGGACGUGUGCAGGAUGGUGAACGGGCUCGGUGACUCGUGGCUGGAAGCCUGGGCCAAUGAGGAGGCGGCGGAGGACACUGAGGUCCACGCUGACUAUGAGCAGAGGGUCUCGGGGACUCUUCUUCAGAUGCUGGAGGAAAUGCAUGACAUUCAGAACCUCUGCAGGGUCCUGCAACCUAGAGAGCUUCAAGACGAGCAGGAAUAUCUGGAGCUGGAGCAAAACAGCGACAGUCCGCUGAAGAGGAAAUCUCCCUAUAUACUGAAAAGACAACUGCGCACUAAUAAAUCCAGACGGCCGUACAUUCUCAAGAGAAGCGUAAUUUACUGAAGAUCCGCCGACAGAAAGACAUUUUUACAUUUUGUGAAUACGUGUCUUUUUUCACUGUCGUAAUAUUAUAUAGCAACUCUAUGUUCUGUUUCAGCCAAAUCUUUAUUUAUUUAUUUGUUUAUAUAUAUUUAUUUAUUUAUGUGAUUUCCAAAGUUCUUCAUUAUGUGAUAGAUGUUGUAAAUAAAACAGCAGUCACUUCAAGAGUAUAUUUAUUUAUUUAUUGUAUAUUUAUUUUUUCUCUAAUGGAAAUAAAUCAUACUUAUUAAAACUCCUCAA